CCCUCGACUUCCUUAUUUGGAUUGUGUGAUCGGGGGUCGCUCGGCAUUGAACAGUGUCCCGUUGGAAGACACAAAACUUUAAAAGACCUGACAUGAACCCACGACUUACACGGAGUAAUUAGCUGAGAGCACAAAGAGUGAAAACAGCUGGACGAGGAAGAGGAGAGAGCGGCGUCAAGCACGAGAGACGUAGAAGGAGAUAAGGCUGUGGAAACAAGGAGACAUUGAGAGGAAGCACAUGGUGUAAAAAUGCCUACUAAUUUCACGGUGGUCCCGGUAAAGGACAGCUCGGAAAAGGCGAAGGAGACCAUCGAAGAGGAAGAAUGCAAUGAAAACAAUGAGUUGAAAGAGGAUGCGGACGUUCCAGGACACACGGAUGCGGUGGAUACAUCGGCUCUCAACUUAAACCAGACGACAUCGCUACAGAGACUGAGUGAUGGCGUCCCGAAGGAAAACAGUCCGUUUAUCAACAACACAGACAAUGACAAGAGCAACAGUUACGAUGGCACCAACAUGGCACUUUUUGAGGAAGAGAUGGACAGCAACCCCAUGGUGUCAUCACUUCUCAACAAACUGGCAAAUUACACGAAUCUCACCCAGGGGGCCCAGGAGCACGAGGAGGCCGAUGAUGACGAGAGUUCCAAGAAGAAAGCUGUCAAGAGCCCUCAGAUGGGGACCUUCAUGGGUGUUUAUCUCCCCUGCAUCCAGAACAUUCUGGGAGUAAUCCUGUUUCUUCGUCUUACCUGGAUUGUCGGCACCGCUGGCAUCUUAGAGUCCUUGGCCAUUGUUGGCUUGUGCUGCUCAUGUACCAUGCUGACAGCCAUAUCCAUGAGUGCAAUUGCUACGAAUGGCGUUGUGCCAGCUGGGGGCUCCUACUAUAUGAUUUCCAGAUCUCUUGGCCCCGAGUUUGGUGGAGCUGUGGGUCUCUGCUUCUACCUUGGUACCACAUUUGCUGGCUCCAUGUACAUCCUGGGUACUAUAGAGAUUCUACUGACUUACAUCGUGCCUAAAGCGGCCAUCUUUGUGGCGGAAAAGAAGGAGGAUGAAGUGGACGCGCUCCUCAACAACAUGCGUGUGUACGGCACAUGCUGCCUUACACUGAUGUCCGUGGUCGUCUUUGUGGGAGUCAAAUAUGUCAACAAGCUUGCUCUCGUCUUCCUGGCUUGUGUCUUUCUGUCCAUCCUCUCCAUCUACGCCGGCGUCAUCAAGACCAUCUUUGAACCCCCUGACUUCCCUGUUUGUAUGCUGGGGAAUCGCACCCUGCAGAACCACAACUUUGACAAGUGUCUUAAGACUGAAGUCAUCGAUAACGUGACCGCGGCUACGCAGCUGUGGAACCUGUUCUGCGACGGUCCUGAUCUCAACGCUACUUGCAACGAUUACUUCAAGAAGAACGACGUGACCAGCAUUCAGGGCAUCCCUGGACUCACCAGUGGAGUCAUUUCAGAAAACAUGUGGUCUGCAUAUGGCCCUCUGGGUAUGUUGGACGAAAACAAGAACUUGUCUUCUAUAGAGGCAAUUAACUCCACCCAGGAUAUCUUAAUGCCCUAUGUCGUCAACGACAUCGCCACCUUCUUCACCCUGCUUGUGGGAAUCUACUUCCCCUCGGUCACUGGAAUCAUGGCUGGGUCAAAUCGAUCAGGUGACUUGCGGGACGCCCAAAGAUCCAUCCCAGUUGGAACCAUUUUGGCUAUCUUUACCACUUCCAUCAUCUAUUUCAGCAGCGUGGUGUUGUUUGGCGCCUGCAUUGAGGGCGUUUUGCUUCGAGACAAGUUUGGCGACUCUGUCAAAGGGAACCUCGUUAUCGGCACGCUGUCCUGGCCCUCACCGUGGGUCAUUGUGAUCGGCUCCUUCUUCUCCUGCUGUGGCGCUGGACUGCAGAGUUUGACCGGGGCCCCACGCCUGUUGCAGGCCAUCGCACGAGAUGGCAUAGUACCUUUUCUACAGGUGUUUGGACACGGGAAGGCUAACGGAGAACCGACCUGGGCUCUACUGCUGACCGCCGGCAUCUGUGAGAUCGGAAUCCUCAUCGCUUCAUUGGAUGCUGUGGCGCCAAUCCUUUCAAUGUUUUUCCUCAUGUGCUACCUGUUUGUCAACCUGGCCUGCGCAGUCCAGACUCUCCUACGAACACCAAACUGGAGACCGCGCUUCAAAUAUUACCACUGGACUCUGUCCUUUCUGGGAAUGAGCUUGUGUCUCGCUUUAAUGUUCAUUUCCUCCUGGUACUACGCCAUUGUUGCCAUGGCAAUCGCUGGCUGCAUCUACAAAUAUAUUGAAUACAGAGGGGCGGAGAAGGAAUGGGGUGAUGGUAUUCGAGGGUUGUCGCUAAACGCAGCCCGCUUCGCUCUUAUUCGUCUUGAGGACGCCGCCCCCCACACCAAAAACUGGAGGCCUCAGUUGUUGGUGCUCUUGAACCUGGACUCGGACCAAGCGGUAAAACAUCCUCGUCUGCUGUCAUUCACCUCUCAACUGAAGGCGGGGAAAGGCUUAACGAUAGUCGGGAAUGUACUGGAGGGGACUUUUCUUACCAAAGAGACGGAGGCAAAGAGGGCUGAGCAGAACAUCAAGGCUGCCAUGUCGGCAGAGCGGACCAAAGGUUUCUGCCAUGUUGUCGUGUCUUCCAACCUCCGAGAUGGCGUCUCUCAUCUUAUCCAGUCAGCCGGAUUGGGAGGCAUGAAGCAUAACACCGUCCUCAUGGCCUGGCCUGGAACCUGGAAGCAGUCCAAUGACCCGCAGUCGUGGAGGAAUUUCACAGAGACAGUGCGGGAGACCACAUUUGCCCACCAGGCCUUGCUUGUGGCAAAGAAUGUGGACAGCUUCCCCACCAACCAGGACCGCCUGGGCGAGGGCACCAUCGAUGUGUGGUGGGUGGUUCACGACGGAGGCAUGUUGAUGCUGCUGCCCUUCCUGCUGCGACAGCACAAGGUGUGGAGGAAGUGUAAGAUGCGCAUCUUCACCGUGGCCCAGAUGGACGACAACAGUAUCCAGAUGAAGAAAGAUCUCCAGACCUUCCUUUACCACCUGCGACUCAAUGCAGAGGUGGAAGUGGUAGAGAUGCACGAUAAUGACAUCUCAGCGUUCACCUACGAGAAGACCCUGGUGAUGGAGCAGCGGUCCCAGAUGCUGAAACAGAUGCAGCUUUCCAAAACGGAGAGGGAGCGAGAGAUUCAGAGUAUCACUGAUGAAUCGCGUAACUCAAUCCGGAGGAAGAACCAGGGUGCCGGCCAGGGUGCGAGCCGGCAGUCCUCUCCGACGGAGGACACACAGGAGGAUGAGGCGCAACUCAUCCACGACAGAAACACGGCCUCCCACGCCUCCAUGAACGACAAGUCCGAGGCUGGACCCGAGCGAGUUCACAUGACCUGGACCAAGGAGAAGCUUUUCACCGAGCGCGGCCGCAACCGCGAGUGCAACUCCAACGUGGCCGUGCGGGACCUUUUCAACAUGAAGCCAGAGUGGGGGAGCCUGAAUCAAACCAACGUCCGUCGCAUGCACACGGCCAUCAAGCUGAACGAGGUGGUGGUGAACAAGUCGCAGGGAGCCCACCUGGUUCUGCUCAACAUGCCCGGACCGCCGAAGAACCGGGGCGGAGACGAAAACUAUAUGGAGUUCUUGGAGGUUCUGCUCGAGGGUCUAAACCGGGUCUUGCUGGUCCGAGGCGGCGGACGUGAAGUCAUUACUAUCUAUUCUUAGAAACCCCCGCACGCACAGACAGACAAACGGACACCAGGCAGUGGGGGAGUUUUAUUUUCUGCAGGGGGGAACCAAGCCCUGAAUUUGGGUUCUUGUUGAGACCGGAUGGAGGUUAGUAGGGCCUCGGGGCGGGUGGGAAGAUCAGGAGACGGGAAGGCCGCGGCGUUGUCAAAAGCCCGGCAGAUGUUACCUCCGCCAAGGAAACACGUAGCAUAGACACUUUAUAUAUAUUUUUUUUCCACUUUCUUCCACCGUGAGUAGAUCCCCGCUUAUUUUUUAAAUAUAGGACUUCAAAAUAAAGUGGUUGGAUGGCGCUCUCUACAGGAGAGAUGGCGUGUUGCUGCUAUGAAUCCAGCAGAGGGCGCUGCCAUCCCGACUAUUGUAUACUGUACGCUUGUCACAUCUACACAGUAGACUAGUGCUGUAUCAGUAUCAUUUUUAGGGCUUUUUUAAUGUUAUUCACGUUUAAAACAGAAAGCGGGGAUCUAAAAAGAUCUCUCUGAAGCCCCUCCCCCGACAGUGAAGUGAAGCAUUAUGGGUUCUGGCUUUCUGCAAGCUUAUUUUUUUAUUAUUUACGCGAUCAAAGAAAGUCGCACAAAAGCGAAGCUCGGUAUCGUCAACGGACAAAGCUGGGGACAAACACACUGGUGGACAUAUUUUUUUUUUUGCACUACUCGUCAUCUCGCCACUUGAGGCGCCGUCGCCGCUAAUGAUGCUAUUUCCCGCUCCUCCCGCCGCAAGCGUAGCUUAGUGAUGCCGCACGACGACGGAAUCGAAUGAAUUGUUCAGAUGAAUGUGUAGGAGAAUGUGCCAAAAUCAUUUGAAGUAAAGAAACUGUGGAAAGCGCGGCGUCACGUUGAAGAGCUACAAAAAAAAAAGAACGCCCCCCCCAAACUCCCGCCCCCCCCUUGUUAUGCACCACAGUUUCUGUCAAUGAGCAGUAUUAUAUUUUUUUAAGUUUUCCUGCAGUUCUCUGGUGGUUGUUAUGGCGUCGUAUUUUGUGUUGUUAUUGUCUCGUCGUUCUUGUUGUAUGCUUGUGUAAUCACAUAGUCACGGUCUCUCUCUCUCUAGCGUGGAGGGGGGGGGGGUCCAUCUCGGCUCCGAUACUUCUUUUUACAACAGUUGGACCCCCCCGGCUCUAGUGCUGUCUUACAUUCUAACUGAACUUCUGUUACUUUGCGUGUUUGUUGAUUUUUAUCCAAGGAGGCGGGAAGAGGAAGCAUGCGUACACCGAGACAGGAAGCCCACCUUUUUACAAAUACGGCAACAUUUUUUUUUUAGUCUCACAACGAAAUUAAAAGUCUAGUUUAAAAAAAAAAAA